AGCUAUAAAGGGACAGAUCCCGGUAUGGAGUUCAGAGCAGCGGCACACACUGCUCAGGUUCCCGGCAUCCGCUCAGCAGCACUGUGGUGAUGGGGCUCCAGGCUGGGAUGCACCUGCUGUAUGGGGGCCUUGCCCUCCGGUCCGUGGUGGUGGUGAUGCUUUUCCUCUACACGAGCCCAGCAGUGUCUGCUGCAGGAUUCCAGAGCGGGCUCCCUGCAGACUGCAGCCACCUUCAUAGCAGCAGCCCCAGUGGGGUCUAUGUCAUCCAGCCAGCAGGGUCUCCCCCGCGGGUGGUUUGGUGCGACAUGGACACCGAAGGCAAGGGCUGGACUGUCAUCCAGAGGAAUACUUACAACACCGAGAUCACGUGGACGGAGACUUGGACCACCUACAAGUACGGCUUUGGGAACGUGAGGGCAGAUUACUGGCUGGGCACCGAGUACCUGCACCUGCUCACACAGCAGAACACCUACAAGGUCCGCUUCGUCGUGCAGAAUAAAUCCAAUGUCACCCAUUAUGCUGAGUAUGACAUCUUCAGCGUAGAGAGCGAGGCCAGCGGGUACCCUCUGAGGCUGGGCAGAUUUUCUAGUGAGGGGGAGGACUAUAUGACCACCUACCACACCAGAUAUGGGGGCAUACAUGACAACAUGAAGUUCAGCACCAGUGACAGGGACCAGGACCAGGCCAGCAGGAACUGCGCCAGCAGCUAUGGGGGCUGGUGGUAUGAUAAGUGUCAGAACAUCCUGCUCAAUGCCAAAAGCUACAUCCUGUGGCCAGGAAUCUGCACUAGCGGUGACUGCAAAUCUUCCCUCAUCCUGGUCAAACCCACAGACGUGUGCUGACCGGGCUGGAGAGCCCUGGGAGCUUGGCCACCACCCCAACACAGUGCCCUGUUCCGGCGCCUGCCAACAGCCUUGUGCCAGCACUGGUGCAAAUCAUGCACUGCUCGCAGCUCCCGCAUUGUCACCAGAGUGAAACACAGCGGCUCUGGGGUUCACGCAGCAAUCACCCUGAGCCCUGUCUGCACAGGCGGCUUUGCCCAGUGCCAUGAUGCUGGCCAGCACUGGAAUACAGGCACUAGUCUGGGGUGGGUGCCCCCACUCCUGUUCUGGGGGAAGGGGAGACAGCACAAGUUCCCUUCCCUGUGUAAUCAGCAUAUUCCCUGCUUUUGCUCAGGCCCUGCUCCCUCCCUGAGCCCUGUAAGCCUGACAGCUCUGCUAUCCACGGUGGGAGAAAUCAGGUGUAAUAAACUCGAGCAGACUCUUC